AUGCGAUUCAUGAUUCGAGGAACCUACCAGCGAAUCGUCCAACAGCCAUUAUCAUCAUCAUGUACUACCGAUACUACCAGUACUACUGCCAAUAAGGAAGAUGUCUACAGUUGUUUUCGAGGAGAACGUUUCCAUGUCCCGCAAUAUUGGAAUCCGCUUCUCGUCGAUUGCCUCUUUCGCUGUUCCUUUGCACUCCUCUUUUUGAGCAUGCUAUUCUCCUUGGUCUGCUUCCUCGUCGGCAUAUGGACCGUGGGUAGCCAGUUUGCGGUCAUUCAUGCCUGCGGGAUUGCCGCCACCACAGUACAAAAGGUCUUUUGCUUGGAAUUGGACUGGCUCGGAUUUCCACAAGUCAAGUGCGGCAAAGAUUUUCAUAUUCUAUGCAAGGAAUGGUCGGACGUUGACUUUACCGGCAUUCUCUGGAGUGGAUUCUUGGCCUUUGUCAUUCACUUUUACUUGGUGGCAUCCACCGGAUUUGCGGCGCACCAACGACGCUCCAUUCCCGCUCUCUUGGCACAGUACAACUUGGUCGUGCAAUCCGUGCAACGACCGGAACAACCAGAACAAACACCGCCACCACCAUCCAAACAACCACAACUAUCCGAACAACCACUAACGAUAGUAGAGAGGACAGCUGGCUCUGUCGCAACCUAA